CAGACCACCACCAUCAAUCACGAAUACCUCUGGCACCGUAUCCCACCCGACUGGGAAUAGGUUCUUGACAUCCCAAUCGACCGAACACUGACCGACUGAAAGGGGCCAACCUUGAUUGCGUCCGAGAAUCCUGCCUACCCAAACAGGGAAGCUUACACCUUCUGCCACAAACGAACAACUCGCCUGGCCGCAUUCACGCACGACGACACAAAGAUGGCCUCACUGGGUGGUAAAGACUACCACCGUCAGCAACCAAUGUUGGACGACGAUGAUCUGAUAGAUCCUGACGAUGCCGACCUAAACGACUUCGACGACCCUCUUGCCCCCUCCUCCUCCCGCGCACCCUUAACCGGCACCAUCGGCUCUUCGUCCUCCUCCGCCGCCGCCGCCGGCGGCAUCGGCUCGUCCUCUUCCGGAGGGAACACCCAAUCAGCCUGGACCUCCCGCAUUCCCGGCGAGGACCGUCGUGCGCCCAACAACACCAUCGACGAGACGGUGUGGGAGACGCUCCGCCGUGAUCUGCUCGCCGUGUGGUCCAAGAUGCGCGAGGUGCUGUAUCCGCGCUACCUCUUCGGCGGCACCAUGCUCGAGUCCGAAGACGGCCUGCGGGGCGCCUACGCCAACAUCCGGAAUGCCGGCCUGUCGGGCGCCAGGGAGGAGUUGACGGGCUUGGCGAGCAGAGUGAUGGACCCCGAGUCUCUGCUGCAGCAGGGGAAUAUGAGUCCUGGAUUGAGGGACUGGGAUCUUUGGGGCCCGUUGAUCUUCUGUCUGUUGCUGAGUACUCUGCUGAGCUUUAGGAGCAGGGAGCAGCAGAGGGAGAUUGUGUUUAGCGGAGUGUUUGCAAUGGUGUGGAUUGGUGAGGCGGUGGUGACGGCGCAGAUCAAGUUGUUGGGUGGGAAUAUCUCUUUCGCCCAAAGCGUCUGUAUCAUCGGAUACACCCUUUUCCCUCUCGUCCUGGCUGCCAUGCUCUCCGCUCUCUCGCUGUACUGGGUCGCCCGGAUUCCGGUGUACCUGGUGCUUGUAGGCUGGUCCUUUGCGGCAGGUAUAAGCAUUCUCAGUGGAAGCGGCGUUGUCAAGAACCGCGUUGGGUUGGCGGUUUUCCCCCUUCUGAUCUUCUAUUUUGCUCUGGGGUGUCUGUGCUUCAUUAGUUAAUGGGUUCGUUUCAGAGGUUGUUCGCAUUUAAGAGAGGGUUGUUAACACGUUCCACUUGGUAGCAAAUAUGCAAAAGGGACGAUUCAGGAAAAAAGAGACCAAGGAAGAUUAAUCUAGGGAGUCACUCGGCUGUAUCACAGAUCAAAUAGGCAAGUUGACGUUGAUGUUGGGAAACUGA